AUGGAUGAAACUGCGUUCAAGCAAUUCGACAUCGUUUCGUACCACUCAGACCACUUCUAUAGCGGCGUGAUGAUAAAGCAGAAGCGCAACGGAGAUGGAUAUAGUUUCAUGUAUGGCAGUAGAGCCUACAAGAAUAUCAUGCGUGAGUGGAAAAUCUUGAAGGAGAACCUCCCAGACACCAUAUACGUGCGCGUGUACGAGACCCGUGUCGAGCUUAUGAGGGCUGUGAUUGUUGGAGCACCUGACACACCAUAUCAGGAUGGACUCUUCUUCUUUGACAUCUGGUUUCCGCCGGACUACCCUGACUACCCACCCGAGGUGUACUACCGAUCGCAUGGUUUGUCUCUCAACCCAAUGCUAAACUCAGAUGGAGGCAUCUGUUUAAGCCUUCUAAACACCUGGUUUGGAUUGAGGAGGAGUGAGCGGUGGGACUCAUCUAGGUCGACCAUCCUCCAAGUUUUGGUGUCGCUUCAGGCACUCGUUCUCGACGAAACACCCUAUUAUAACGACCAUGAGAGGGUACCUGCUUUUGGUAGUUUUCUUGAAAGGAUUCCUUUCUUGAGAAAGAUCGUCAUAUUGGAGCACAAAACUUACAACGCACGGGUUUUUGUGUCAACUUGCAAAUUGACACUGCGUUUGCUAAAAAACCCACCAAAGAAUUUUGAACUUUUCAUCGGUCAACACUAUCGCCAGAGAGCUAGUGGCAUACUGAGAGCGAUUCGUUUGCGAAUUGCUGAUGGGUCUUUAAAAUAUUGUACUCCAAUGAACCUUCUCUACCCACAACUCAUCGAUUCUUUUAGAGACAUUGGUUGGGUGGAGGAGGAGGAGUUGUUGGAGUUGGCGGAGCUAAAGAAGAGUCCCUUUCGAUGGCUUUAUAUAUGUUUUUUGGUUCUGUAUGGUGUUGCCAUGGUUAUUGGGGCUCUCUAUAUAUACAUAUAUAUUCGUCCAACUAGAUUCACAUCUCGGCCAACCAGGACCUUAUUCCAACUUCAUUAG